UGCAGACCUUGGCACGGGGGAGGCACAGGCAGCCCCCACCGCUCAGAAGAGUAGCUGCCACCAGCGUCCGGGGCAUGAGGGAGCCUCGUCCUCCAGGCCACCCUGAGGAGCAGCCAGAAACACAGAAACAUAGGCCAUGUGGGGCUCCCGGGAGCUGCUUCUGCUGUGGUUCCUGGUGCUGGCAGCUGGUGGCACCGAGCACCUCUACCGGCCUGGCCGCAGGGUGUGUGUUGUCGGGGUUCCCAGGGGCCCCGUGUCCGAGUCCUUUGUGCAACGCAUGUACCAGCCCUUCCUCACCACCUGCGACGGGUACCGAGCUUGCAGCACCUACCGGACAGUCUACAGGACCGCCUACCGCCGCAGCCCCGGGCCGGCCCCCGCCCGGCCUCGCUAUGCCUGCUGCCCCGGCUGGAAGAGGGCCAGCGGACUGCCUGGACCCUGUGGCGCAGCAAUAUGCCAGCCGCCAUGCCAGAACGGAGGGCGCUGUAUCCAGCCUGGCCGCUGCCACUGCCCUUCAGGUUGGCAGGGAGACACCUGCCAGACAGACGUGGAUGAAUGCAGCACCGGAGGGGGUGGCUGUCCCCAGCACUGUGUCAACACCGCAGGCAGUUACUGGUGCCAGUGUCGGGAGGGGCACAGCCCUUCUAUGGACGGGGCACUCUGCCUGCCGGACAGAGGGACGCCUAGGGCGGCCCCAAACCCCGCGACAGGAGUGGACAGUGAGGUGAAGGAGGAAGUGCAGAGGCUCCGGUCAAGGGUGGACGUGCUAGAGCAGAAGCUGCAGCUUGUGCUGGCCCCACUACACAGCCUGGCCUCUCGGGCCCUGGAGCAUGGGCUCCCCGACCCCGGCAGCCUCCUGGCCCACUCCCUCCAGCAGCUGGACCGCAUCGACUCUCUAAGUGAGCAGAUCUCCUUCCUGGAGGAGCAGCUGGGUUCCUGUGAGUGCCGUGGUCCCCAUCGCCUCCCCAUCCUCGGAGUUCCCCGGUUGCCUAGGACCCCCGAGGCUGGAGUGGGUCCCUGCCCAGAGAGGCCAGAGGGUUCCUGCAAGAAGGAGCUAUGACUGGCCUGGCCCAGGCCGCCAGCUCUGGCCACCAAGAGCCCCGGGCUUUGUCCUGGCCCUGCCCUGCCCUAGGCCCUGUCCCCUACCCCUCACCUCUUCUUGCUGAGGAGACCCCGCGGCUCCCACGUGGGGCAGGGUGGAGUGAGGGGUCUUCCUGCGUGAAUCCAGCCCCAGCCCAGACAGCCCUCCAGCCUUGAGAGCACAGCCCAGCCAGACCCCUGCAGCCCUGGCUGGCUCUUGGGGCCUGGUGGGCCCCUGGCUGAGAGGAGGUACGAGGGCUCCCUGCCCAGAGCCUCGGGCCCAGUGCUGCUCACUGGGCAGCCCUGAUCUUUGUCAGAAUAAAAUGAGACUUGA